AGGGCACGGCAGACUGACAGUAUGGCGGCGGGGUGCAGCUGGAAGGAUGCUACCGUUCCCCGUGAUGUGUCUAUCGCCGGUAGGACGUAAAUGGAGUAUUGACGACAAAAACAGAAGAGGAUUUAUCGAGAAAGGCUUGUCGCCGUGAGCUCCCAAGAUGGCCAGGCUCGCCGACUACUUUUUAGUGGUCACUUACGACCUCGACAAGCGAGUGGAGGGUGAGGGUCAAGGUCGCAUUCUCCAGCGGUUUCCUGAGAAAGACUGGGAGGACAGCCCGUUCCCACAAGGCAUAGAGCUGUUCUGUCAGCCCAGCGGUUGGCAGCUGGUUCCUGAGCGGCAGCCUGCCUCCUUCUUCGUAGCGGUUUUGACUGACAUCAACUCAGACCGUAAUUACUGUGCCUGCUUCACCUUCUGGGAGGGCCUAGACCGACUACAGCUGCAGAAGGCCGAGGCCAGCGAGGUAGACGAGGUGGAUGAAGAGCCAGCUGUCGUCCAAUCAGCUCAGGUCUUUGCACCCAAGAGUCUGGUGCUGGUGUCCCGACUGGACUACACCGAGGUGUUCAGGAACUGUUUGGGUCUGAUCUACACCGUCCAUGUAGACAGCCUCUCUGUCCCCUUGGAAACGGUGGUGGGAAACCUCCUCACAUGUAUCAUCCCCAUUGCUGGAGGCUCACAGAUAAAUGAGUCCCCAGUUUGUAGUUUAGAAAAGGUUCCUCAGGUCCUGGCCUGUGACUGGCUGCUGGCCUGUCUCCAGCCGGGCCAGGAGGAGAGAGAGGAGAGUUUGAGGACGAUAACGUUAGGCGCUGGCGACCGGCAAGUCAUCCAGACCCCCAUCGAUGAUUCGCUACCUGUCAGUGGCACCAGUGUGGCCCAGCUCUUCAGACAGCUCGGUAUCAUCAACGUGUUGUGUCUGUUCUGUGCCGCCCUGACCGAACACAAGAUCCUGUUCCUGUCCAGCAGCUACCAGAGACUCACAGACGCAUGUCGGGGUCUGCUGUCCAUCAUGUUCCCCCUCAAAUACAGCUUCACGUACGUUCCCAUCCUGCCGGGAAAACUCCUCGAGGUCCUGAGCACCCCCACCCCCUUCAUCAUCGGUGUUAAUUCGUUCUUUCGAUCAGAGACGCAAGAACUGUUGGACGUGAUCAUCGCAGACCUGGACGGCGGCACAGUGACGAUCCCAGAGUGUGUGCACAUCUCUCUGCUGCCUGAGCCGCUCCUCCAGCAGACCCAGACUCUGCUCUCCAUGAUUUUGGAUCCAGAGCUGGAAAUCGCUGAUCAAGCCUUUCCCCCUCCCUCCACACAAUCCUCUGCACUAAAGAUCCAGGAUAAAGAAAUCCGGGGAGUUUUCCUGUGGCUGUUUGCUCGGCUCUUCCAGGGCUAUCGCUGGUGUCUACACAUCAUCCGCAUCCACCCAGAACCAGUGAUCCGCUUCCAUAAGGCGGCCUUCCUGGGUCAGAGGGCGCUGUCGGAGGACGACUUCCUCAUGAAAGUAUUGGACGGCAUGGCGUUUGCGGGCUUCGUGUCCGAGAGAGGGCCUCCGUAUAGAGCCACCGACCUGUUUGACGAUCUGAUAGCCAAUCAGGUGGAGCGGAUACGACAGGAGGAGACGUGUCCACACAAAGUCAUGAACCAUGUCAAGGAGCUCGCUGAGCAGCUCUUCAAAAACGAGAACCCGUACCCCGCUGUGGCGAUGCACAAAGUCCAGCGGCCGUCAGAAAAAAGUCAGACUACGACACAGAAUCAGACGCAGUUUCCCGCGCUGGACGACGUGGUGGUGCAGCUCUUCAUCGACCACGCUGCCGCCAAACUCAAAACAGCGCCACCUGUGGUCAAGGUGGAGCUGAAGGGCAUGGUGCCGUCCGGGCCCCCGCUGGGCGACACCGUGGACAGGAACGGCAUCGUGAUGGCCAAUAGCGCUCGCAGGCUGGAGGUGGUCAGGAACUGUAUCACGUACAUCUUUGAGAACAAGAUGCUGGAGGCUAAGAAGUUAAUGCCCGCUGUCCUGCGAGCGCUGAAGGGCCGUGCAGCUCGGAUCUGUUUGACUCAGGAGCUGAACCAGCACGUCCUGCAGAACCGAGCCGUGCUGGAUGAUCAGCAGUUUGAUUACAUCGUCCGAAUGAUGAACUGCACCCUACAGGAUUGCUCCCAUAUGGAUGAACACGGUAUCGCAGCCAACCUCCUUCCUCUGGUCACAGCCUUCUGCAGAAAACUGGGCGCAGGCAUCACUCAGUUCGCCUACAGCUGCGUCCAGGAGCACAUGGUGUGGACCACCAUGCAGUUCUGGGAGGCCAUGUUCUACAGCGACGUGCAGAACCACAUCAGAGCGCUGUACCUGGAGACGGAGGACAACAGCUCUGAGCAGCAGGACGGGUCAGCCGGCGGGAGGGAAAUCAGCGCCCUGGACCUGGCGUCAGAGCAGAACCGCCUGUGGCCGACGCUCAGCAAAGAGAUGCAAGCGGAGCGCGUGCAGAAGGAGGAGAGCACCGUGUUCAGCCAGGCCAUCCACUACGCCAACAGGAUGAGCUACCUGCUGCUGCCGCUCGACACCAGCAAGAACCGGCUGCUGAGGACCGCCGGCCUCGGGGACGUGGAGAGCGUCAGCAACAGCUACGUCACAAACAGUAUUGCCGGCAGCAUGGCGGAGAGCUACGACACAGAGAGCGGCUUUGAAGAUGCAGAGAGCUCGGACGUCGCCAACUCUGUGGUCCGCUUCAUUAACCGCUUCGUAGACAAAGUGUGCAAUGAGAGCGGAGUGACCAACGAGCACCUGAAGGCCCUCCACACCAUGAUACCAGAUAUCGUUCAGAUGCACAUCGAGACGUUAGACGCAGUCCACAGGGAGAGCAAGAGACUGCCUCCGAUCCAAAAGCCCAAGCUGCUGAGGCCCACUCUCCUCCCCGGCGAGGAGCUGGUGAUGGACGCCAUGCGGGUCCACCUCAUACCUGAUGGCCGAGAGGAGGCGACGGGGCUGAUGGGAGGUCCGCCUCUGCUCCCUGCCGAGGGCGCCAUCUUCCUCACCACCUACAGGCUCAUCUUCAGGGGCACGCCCACCGACCCACUGGUGGGCGAGCAGGUGGUGACUCGCUCAUUCCCCAUCGCCUCUCUGACGAAGGAGAAGAGGAUCUCAGUCACUUUACCCAUGGACCAGUUUGUCCAGGAGGGGCUACAGCUUCGAUCCUGCACCUUCCAGCUGAUAAAGAUUGCGUUCGACGAGGAGGUGGCGUCAGACCUGGCCGAGGUUUUCAGGAAGCACAUGCACAAGCUGCGCUAUCCUCAGCACGUCCAGGGCACCUUCGCCUUCACCAUGGGUCAGUGCGGGAAGCUGGUGGUGGAGCACAAGACCAAGGACAAGAACCAGUCGCUCAAGACACUUUCUAAGAACCUGGUGAAGACUGCCAAGAGGACGAUCGGGCGUCAAUAUGUGACAAGAAAGAAGUACUCUCCGCCCACCUGGGAGAACAGGAGCAGCUUCCAGUCAGAGAUGGACGAGGAUGAAAUCUCAGUUUCAGAGGAAGUGGACCAGAGCUCCCUCACCCUCUCCUCCACCAUCCGCUCGUCCGACAGACAGACCAUGAGCAACGUCGUGGAGCGGGCCUGUUGCCGUGACUACCAGCGGCUCGGUCUGGGCACGCUCAGUAACAGCUUGACGCGCUCUAAGAACGAGCCUUUCAGGAUUUCAACCGUCAACCGCAUGUACACCGUGUGCAGGAGCUACCCCGGCCUGCUGAUUGUGCCUCAGAGCAUCCCGGACACGACCAUCCAGAGAAUCUGCCGCUGCUACAGACAGAACCGCUUCCCAGUGGUUUGUUGGAGGAAUUCAAGAACGAAGGCCGUCCUGCUGCGGUCUGCAGGACUCCACGCCAAGGGGGUGGUGGGCUUCUUCAAGUCCCCGAAUGCUCCUUCUUCAGUUCCCUCGCAGGCCGACUCCACCAGUCUGGAGCAGGAGAAAUACCUACAGGCCAUCAUCAGCUCCAUGCCGUCUUACAGCGAGAGCAGCGGCAGGAACACGCUCAGCGGCUUCACCUCCACACACAUGAGCACCUCAGACUCGUCAGAUAAACUGAGGCAGCCUAAGAUCGGCGCUCUAAUGAAGCAGGUGAUGGGAACAAAGGAAGACGUUCCUGGGACCUUCAGCAGAGGAGCUCUUGGUCAAAGGGCCAAGGUCAUCUCCCUCUCUCAACCCAAAGUGUCUGGCAAGGCCAGGAACCCUCCUAGAGGUAAAUGGGGCAGCAUCCGAGGCAGCGGGCGUCUAAGUGCCUACAACCCCGACGUGGGGACGCGUCUGGCAGGGAAAGAGUCUCCGCAGUCCAAUGGUGGGCCGAGCGAGGCGCUGUUUCUGCGCCAGCAGAAGGCCUACCUGUACAUCAUCGGAGACAAGGCCCAGCUCAAGGGAGGGAAGCAGGACUCGUUCCAGCAGUGGGAGGUGGUUCCCAUCGAGGUGUGUGACGUGCGGCAGGUGAAGAACAGCUUCAAGAAGCUGAUGAAGGCCUGCGUGCCGAGCUCCUCCACCAGCGACCCCAACAUGACCUUCCUGCGCUGCCUGGAGGAGUCUGAGUGGAUGGCUCUGCUGCACAGAGUGCUGCAGGUGUCAGUCCUGGUGGUGGAGCUUCUGGAUACAGGUUCAUCAGUCAUGGUCAGCCUGGAGGACGGCUGGGACGUCACCACACAGGUGGUGUCUCUGGUGCAGCUGCUGUCUGAUCCCUAUUACCGAACCUUCGACGGCUUCAGGCUGCUGGUGGAGAAGGAGUGGCUGUCGUUCGGACACAGAUUCAGUCACCGCGGGGCGCAGACGCUCAGCAGUCAGAGCAGCGGCUUCACUCCGGUCUUCCUGCAGUUCCUCGACUGCGUGCAUCAGAUCCACCUUCAGUUCCCCAUGGAGUUCGAGUUCAGUCAGUACUACCUGAAGUUCCUGGCCUACCACUACGUGUCCAACCGCUUCCGCACCUUCCUGCUCGACUCGGACUACGAGCGCAUAGAGCUGGGUGUGCUGUACGAGGAGAAAGGCGAGAGGAAAAGCCCUCAGGUGUGUAAGUCUGUGUGGGACUACAUCGACAGACUGAACAAGAAAACACCGAUCUUCUACAACUACAUGUUCUCCCCUGAAGACGAGGAGGUUCUCCGGCCGUACACCUUCAUCUCCAACCUGAAGGUGUGGGACUUCUACAUGGAGGAGACCCUGUCCGAGGGCCCCUCCUACGACUGGGAGCUGAGGGGCCGGCAGGAGCGCGUUGCCGAGGAGACGCCGGAGAAACCCGACAGCAGCGGCCCCAAAUCCCACAGACACAUCGUGUGGCCGUGCUACGACAGCCUGAGCAAGGUGGUGCCCGACGCCAUCACCAAGCUGCUGCAGGACCUGCAGAGUCUGGAGGCGGAGCUCGGACAGACGUCGGAGAAGUGGAAGGACACGUGGGACAAGAUGAAGAACUCGCAGAAAACAGAGAUCAAACUGGAGAGCAAGCCCUCGUUCUCCAGCUCGUUGCUGAUGUCAUCCAACCUGAGCCACCAGCGGCGCUCUCAGGGCGUCUACCUGCAGGAGAGCUGUGUGGGCUCCUCCAUCAACCUGGCUCUGGACUGUGAGGCCAGCGCCACCUCCACGCCUGUCCCAGGCCGGCCCAGCACCAGCACACUGUACAGCCAGUUCCAGAGCACGGAGAGCGAGAACAGGAGUUUUGAAGGCAUCCUCUUUAAGAAAGGGGCGUUGUUGAAACCAUGGAAACCACGGUGGUUUGUGCUGGACAAGACCAAACAUCAGCUGAGAUACUACGAGACCCGGCAGGACAAGGAGUGCAAAGGAGUGAUCGAGCUGGCCGACGUGGAGUCUGUUAUUCCAGGAACGCCGACCAUGGGAGCGCCCAAAAACAUCGAGGAGAAAGCCUUCUUUGACCUGAAGACGACAAAACGAGUGUACAACUUCUGUGCCCAGGACAGCCUGAACGCUCAGCUGUGGAUGGACAGCGUUCAGAGCUGCCUGUCAGACGCCUGAAGACGAGGAGGAGGCGGGACUCUUUUAAAGAGCGAAUGAGAGGCGCUGCUGCACCUGACGGACAACAGAGAGGGGACGGGGCCUCUCACCACGUCUGCUCCGUUCUGUUUGCUAGUAUUGAACUAAUAACCUUUUUGCGUCACAACGUUUCAGUGUUUUUGUUAUAAAAAUGAGAAAAAGAAAAAAAAAAAGUCCCCCUGAAGAAGAACCACUCGCUGUCGUCUCACACGCCGCUGCAGCCUCUCCACGCCCCGACAGUCUCACCGAUGUGUGCGCUGGAUCUCUGUGUGCUUAUGGAAGCUUUGUGGAUGCAUCUUUGCAGCUCGGACCAGCAUGAAGAUCUUUCCAGACCCUCCACCUGUAAGCCCCUCCCCCUCUUCAUACUAACCCCGCCCGCCCUUUUAGACACUCCAGGAGGAAUGACGGAGGAGCUGCGGUCGGCCCGGCCACACACACACUCGUAAGACUUUCUUGGAGACAGAUGUAAAAGAUCGACUGAUCGACGGACCAAAUCAACCUUUGCUGCCUGAUGUCGCCUACUCGCAGAGAAUUCCAAGAAACAAACUGCAACAAGAGGAGGAGGGGGGCUCCUUAACGGUUCAUGAAGGAUUUCCUUUUGUCUUAUUUCUUUUUCCAAAAAGUCUCAGAUAAGAACCAGUAAGAGAUCAACGCUCGUCACGCCUGCAGCCGGCGGUGACGAUGAAAUACUGUGAACGCCAUGAAUCAGUCGCAGAGAUCAAAAGCAGGAGAGCCAGUCACUCCGUCAGGUAUUCUGAGUGUGUCGGUGAACUUUCACUGAGAGUGUUUACAAAGUAGACGAAUACUUCCCUCACUAAGCUAAACUCCUCACCUGUGUGUGUUUUUAAAAUCAGUACAACCACUAUUAACGUUCAGAGUUUUUUUUUUUUAAGGGAUGUUGAAGGAAAAAGGAGGGAUUUAUUUUGUAGUGAAUUCUUUAAAAAAACAAAAAAACAAUCUAUGGAAGGAGAUCUGGAAGGUGGGCAGAUGAAGAGGAGGGAUACUUGUGAAUAGAGUGAUAUUAUGGGAUGCUUCAGAGAGAAUACAGAUUUUUUUUUUAAAGAGGUGGACAUUGACUCGUUACAGCGCUCCGAGUGUCAGAAGAUAGAAGUUCGUUAAAGGAAAAUUCUGGGAUGCAGUUUGACUGUUGGCCGUGCUACAUUUGCAUUUUCUGACUUUUUUAAAAACCCACAGAGAAGUCCAACUCAUUAAUCAAAAGUGUCUUAUGCCUGUUAUCAGAAAGGAAACUCCUUGAUUAGUUGCUAACUGCAUGCUUUCUGCUGAGCUAGGGAUGCAUGGAUAGCAUAAAAUAUCAAUUCUGUGUCACAGAUCAUCAUUUUUUUCAGAUCAGCUUUGAAAAGAAGGAGGAUAAGACAAGUUCUUGAUGCCUACGUACAGUACCAACUUUGUCUAAGACGCCUGAAUACAGUGUUUGCAGCACGUACACUUUGCAAUGUAGACGGUGUACAGGAGGUCACCUACAACUUUUUGGAUUUUAAAACAAGAAAUGACUCAAAGGACUUAUAUUUGCGUUGCUGUGGAAGUAAACAGGAAUUGUGAGCUGUCCACACUGAGAAUGAGGAAAAUGUCAAAAUGAAACUGUAUUUACGAAAAGUUGAAGCGACUGUGAGGGGAACAGAUCGAUGCAAAUGUAGCCCGAGCCGUCAGUCAGAGCAGCAGCUUGUCCUUUAAUGACGCUGAUAUAAGGAGCACUGGUCCUUCAGUGUGAUGCAGUUCAGACUCUGUGUACCUGUGUGCCAUGCUUCAUAAGAGAGACCACCUGUGACAUCAUCAGAGCAUGUUACACACAAACAGAGUCUGUCAGAGAGCUUUAGAGAAACAGCAUGUUUACCUGGAAGGUGUCAAACAUCACGUCACUUUUUUUUAUCUUUUUAUGUCAGUUGUUUGUCAAACUGCCCCCCCCCCCCCACACACACACACACAUCCCUCUAUUCACCCCCUCUCCUCCUCCACACACACACAUAAACCACUCUGACCCCCACGUGUUAACACGGACCCUGCUUUGUAAAAUACGGUUCUACUGCUGUCUUUUGUUGAACAUAAAAAUUUGAAAUUGUA